AUGCCUACUGAUGGAAAACGUACCUCCUUCUUCCCAAAAGCCGAUGCUGCCAUACUACAGUCCAAAUACGAUCCGCCAUCGGUCCGUCCCAAGGUGGUUGGCCCCGUCUUCGAUGUUGAUCAUGCCAACCAACCCCUCCAGCCAUGGAACCAGGAGUUGACAGAAGCCGUAUAUCCUCUCAACCACGAUGAGUCCGAUGAAGCACCAAUGCCGAGCAAGCCGGACUCACAAUUCCAAUGUCCAGCCGUGGGGGACACUUAUCUGUAUCCUGUCCUAACCCAAAAUGAGAGACUCCGACUGACCAUGCUAUGGUACUACACUCGCGGAAGCCUUGAGGACGUCGAACUGCAAUCACGACUCCAGGAGAAGGCUCACCUCGCAUCCGAGACCAUAGGAUGGGAAUUCGUCGUCAUUGGCCUGUUGGACCACAAUACUUACACACGUCUGGUCACGGUCGGUGUUCCACUGGCUGUGCUUCCUCGUCGCGAGACCAUGUGCGCCCAUACAAUUAAUCAACCACACGAUACUCCGUUCAUGCUACCUGAUAUGUCCAAGGACUGGCGAUUCCAGAAUGCGCCACACGUCGCGGAAGGAGGACUUCGAUCCUAUGCUGGCGUGCCUUUGCGUCUGGAGACGGAAUUCGGCCACUCUGUCACCCUAGGAUCACUCUGCGUAACCGCAAACUCCGUGCAAAAGCCACUGACCAGAUCGCAGCAACGGUCCCUCGUACGCCUGGCCGACUGGGUGGUCGCCGAUCUUGUCCAUAGCGCCAGAGCCAGGCGGCAACAGGAACGGCGCCGGAUGCUCGAGCUCAUCGGCUCGGUCAAGCUACUGGAGAACGAUGAUGGGUUCCGCUUCGAAGGGGAUGUGUUGGAUAUUGUGAAAACGAUUUACCCGCAAGCCACUAUCAACAUCCAAGCGUCGGCGCGGCACCAGAUCGUACUCGAAGGACGCGAUCCCAUCAGCGUGAAUGAGCUCGAGAAUGGGUUGUGGGAAGAUUGCGAGUACUUUGACUACAUCAUCGAAAAGUACAACCAUCGAGAUAUACAGCUUAGAAGAGUAGUCCGAGUCAUUGCUGCCGAAGGAGGUGUCGCUCCAUUGCCGACGUACCUGGUCGUUGCGUCGAAAGACCCUCGUCUCGUGUUCGACGAUGUUGAUACCUGGUUCGUCCAGACAUGCGCUUCGAUGUUGUCGCAGAUGUGGCAGAGUCGACUUCUGAAGGAAGCCGUGAAAGCGAAAGAGAGCUUCCUGCGCGGGAUCACGCAUCAGCUCCGCACGCCGAUUCACGGCAUCUUGGGCUCAGUCGAGCUCCUGGCUGAGGAGAUGAGGUCGCGCAACUUCUGGUCGGAUUAUAUCGUGGCUUCGUCUUUGCCAGCAUCCGCCACAGAACCGUUCUCCAAAGAUCUGUCCACCAAGACCCAUCCUCUUACAUACCUUGACACCAUCAAAGCUUCUGGUCGGGAACUUAUAUCUACCAUCAACAGUAUGCUCAAGUUGAACAGGUGGACAGAGAUAGCGCAAGCUGGCAGGGUCGACACGCUGCGUCGUUUCACGGAGCUCGAGUCGAUCUUGAUUCACGAACUAAUGCAGACGAUGUCGGACGAGGUUCUUACGAGGUCCUCGUUGAUAUUCAACUACAUUCUCCCAUCGAAUUGCGACAGCCUGACAAUCGACAUGUGCCUCAUGAAGGACUGCAUUCUAGCCCUUGUGAUUAAUGCGCUCCAGGCAACACCACCGAAAGGUGUUGUUUCCGUCACUGUAUCUGUACCAGCGGACCACUCGGUUUUCACGGUCGACGUGAGGGAUACUGGAAUGGGAAUUCACCCAGAUGAUCAUUCGCGAAUCUUUGAUGCCUACGAGAAGGUGGAUAUGCACACCACCGGAGCCGGACUCGGCCUGACGCUGGGCUCUAAGCUCGCGAGUCUGCUGAACGGCUCGAUAUCCUUGGUCUCGUCCGCUCCGCAGCAGGGCUCCCAUUUCAGGGCCACAUUCUACAACCCAGUCUGUGUCCGCCAAACCCCCAAAUCGUCCGAGCCGAAGUUCACAGCCUUGCCGUCUACUUUCCACUGCCUCGAAGCCUGCUCGAACCCCAGGUCACUUUCUUCGCAUUUCGCCGAUUGCCUCAUCACCCAGGGCUUGACAUCUUCAGAUGAUAAAGAAAACUCACUUCUGAUCAUCGAACAUAGCGAGGAAGAUCCAGAGCAUCUGGACACUCUCGUAUCGCGAGUGCCCCCUUCACAGGUCGCCAUCUGCCUGGUGCCCUCGACGAGAAGCAACAUCCACCUAAACACCGACCACCAGGAGCAGGUCCAGUUCCGAAACAACAUCAUCUACUCCACCUCCCCCUUCACCUACUCAACCCUCAAAGCCGCCCUCCAGCGCGCCGACACCAUCCUCUCCGACAUCAAACUCACCGCCUCGCAACCACCCGCAGCAGCAACUCACGACAACCCCCUCAAAGACAUCCCCCUCCGCAUAACCCCGCCAGUCACCCUCCCCAAAAACCCACCACCCCGCCUCCUCCGCCAGAAAACCGCCUCCCCCCCGACAGCAACAACAACAACAACAACAUCAGCCACCGACCGCAUAACCGCCCUCCUAGUCGACGACAACCCGACCAACCUCCGCAUCAUGCAAAUGUACUGCAAGAAACGCCAGAUCCCGUACCUCUGCGCCACCGACGGCCACCAAGCCGUCUCAAUCUUCAAAACCCACCUCCUCCCCGCCUCCACCUCCCCUCCCUCGCCCUCCAAGGAAACCCCAACCCCUACCCCUACCCCUACCCCCACAGCCAUCAACCUCAUCCUCAUGGACCUCCAAAUGCCAGUCCUCGACGGCAUAUCCGCCACGCGGGCUAUCCGCGACUUGGAGCUCCAACACAAGGGGCCUUCCACCCCUGAAAACAACAGGAGCGUGUUGUUCAUCAUCACGGGCCAGGACUCCAAGGAUGAUAGGAAAGGUGCUGAGGACGCGGGCGCGGACGCGUUUUUCGUCAAGCCGGUCGGGCCUAGGGAGCUGGAUAGGGGGAUUGGGGAUUGGUUUCCGGGUUGGAGUGGGGGGAGUUGA